AUGGGAAAUGGUUCGGUGAAACCCAAACAUCCCAAGCAUCCAGAUAGCCACUCCGGGAACCUCACCUACAAUGCCCUGCGGAGCAAGGUGACAGAGCUGGAGAGAGAGCUGAGGAGGAAGGAUGCCGAGAUCCAGGAGCGGGAGUACCAUUUGAAGGAACUGCGGGAGCAGCUGUCGAAGCAGACCGUGGCCAUUGCGGAGCUCACGGAGGAGCUGCAGAACAAGUGCAUCCAGCUGAACAAGCUGCAGGAUGUGGUGCACAUCCAGGGGGGCAGCCUGCUUCAGGCCUCUCCAGACAGGGUGCCUCUGGAGGUGCACCGGAAGACCUCGGGGCUGGUCUCUCUCCACAGCAGGAGGGGAGCAAAGGCUGGGGUGUCUGCCGAGCCAACAACCCGAACCUAUGACCUCCACAAACCCCCUGAAUUUUCCUUUGAGAAAGCAAGAGUCAGAAAGGACUCCAGUGAGAAGAAGCUCAUUACAGAUGCUCUCAAUAAAAAUCAGUUUUUGAAGAGACUGGAUCCUCAGCAGAUCAAAGACAUGGUGGAAUGCAUGUAUGGAAGAAACUACCAGCAGGGGAGUUACAUUAUUAAGCAAGGAGAACCAGGAAACCACAUCUUUGUGUUGGCAGAGGGCCGAGUAGAGGUGUUUCAAGGGGAGAAAUUGAUAUCAUGCAUCCCCAUGUGGACCACGUUCGGGGAACUAGCCAUUCUAUACAACUGUACAAGGACCGCCUCCGUGAAAGCUAUUACCAAUGUUAAAACUUGGGCACUAGAUCGAGAGGUAUUCCAGAAUAUAAUGAGAAGGACAGCUCAAGCUAGAGAUGAACAGUACAGAAACUUCCUCAGAAGUGUAUCCUUGCUGAAGAACUUACCUGAAGACAAGUUAACCAAGAUCAUUGACUGCUUGGAAGUGGAAUACUAUGACAAAGGAGAUCACAUUAUUCGAGAAGGCGAGGAAGGAAGUACCUUUUUCAUUUUAGCCAAAGGAACGGUAAAAGUCACCCAGAGUACAGAGGGCCACGAUCAGCCACAAGUGAUAAAAACACUGCAGAAAGGAGAAUACUUUGGAGAAAAAGCUCUUAUCAGUGAAGAUGUCAGAUCAGCGAACAUUGUUGCUGAGGAAAAUGAUGUCGCAUGCCUGGUUAUAGAUCGAGAAACAUUCAACCAAACAGUUGGGACUUUUGAAGAACUCCAAAAGUACCUUGAAGGGUAUGUGGCAAACCUGAACCGUGAUGAUGAAAAAAGACAUGCGAAGAGAUCCAUGUCUCACCGGAACCUGUCCAAAACGCUCUCUCUGGAGAUGAUUCAGCUGAAGGAGAAGGUGGCCAGAUUUUCCUCAUCGUCCCCAUUCCAGAACCUUGAGAUUAUCGCAACACUGGGCGUUGGUGGGUUCGGAAGAGUUGAGCUUGUUAAAGUAAAGAAUGAGGAUGUUGCUUUUGCUAUGAAGUGCAUAAGGAAGAAGCACAUAGUGGAUACUAAGCAACAGGAGCAUGUCUACUCAGAGAAGAGGAUCCUGGAGGAGCUGUGCUCUCCCUUCGUUGUGAAAUUGUAUCGUACUUUCAAGGACAAUAAGUAUGUAUACAUGCUUCUGGAAGCCUGCUUAGGUGGCGAGCUAUGGAGUAUAUUAAGGGACAGAGGCAGCUUUGAUGAACCCACCUCCAAGUUCUGUGUGGCUUGUGUGACUGAAGCAUUUGAUUACCUGCAUCGACUAGGUAUUAUCUACAGAGACCUGAAGCCAGAAAACUUAAUUCUGGAUGCUGAGGGCUAUCUGAAAUUGGUUGACUUUGGAUUUGCUAAGAAAAUAGGAUCUGGACAGAAAACAUGGACAUUCUGUGGGACCCCAGAGUAUGUAGCCCCUGAAGUCAUUCUCAACAAAGGCCACGACUUCAGUGUGGAUUUCUGGUCCCUGGGAAUUCUAGUGUAUGAGCUCCUGACUGGCAACCCACCCUUCUCUGGGACUGACCAAAUGAUGACCUACAAUUUGAUUCUCAAAGGAAUUGAAAAAAUGGAUUUUCCCAGAAAAAUAACAAGAAAACCUGAGGAUUUGAUUAGGAGGCUUUGCAGGCAAAAUCCAACAGAAAGGCUGGGAAAUCUGAAGAAUGGAAUCAAUGACAUUAAGAAACACAGGUGGUUAAGUGGUUUUAAUUGGGAGGGACUAAAAGCACGGAACCUUCCUUCACCUUUACGAAGAGAGCUCAGUGGACCCACAGAUCACAGCUACUUUGACAAGUAUCCACCUGAAAAGGGAGUGCCUCCAGAUGAGCUGUCAGGCUGGGAUAAAGACUUCUGA